UUAAAAUUUAUUAAGAAUUAUUUUAUAUAUGAAGUUACCUUCUUCUCUCAUCUUCAAACUCUAGCAGUCGCCUCCAUCUCUUUUCAAUCUCUUUUUUUUUUUCCUUAUCCUUCUUUCUGCAACAACAAGUUCCUAUGGUGUUUUCCAUCUCUUUUUUUUUUUUCUCUUAUCAUAUUGUUGGUUGUUUAUUCAGUUAGGAAUCGUGUUCAUGUUGUUGUUUUUGAUUAUUUACUUUCGAAUCUUUAUAGUUUUGUUCAUAAGGAGCUUAAACGGUUGCUUUGGGAUGAUGGGUUUUUGUCGGAUAAUUUGAAUUCGAAAGUGCGUGAUUCGAUUGAUGAUGUUGAUGUUGUUGAUGUUGUUGAAGGAAAAGAAGGUAAGGUGUUUGAUGAUUGUUCCCAAUGUGUUGGACAAGAGAAAGGGGAUUUGGUUUCGAAGAGAAAAAAAGAGGGAAGAAUUAGAAGAAUAAGUACAAAGAUGCAGAUGGAACACGAAGAAAAUCACAGGAGAUGGAAAUGUGAAUGGGACAGGGAGAGACUAGAGCUUGAUAGAAGAUUGAAGGAGCAACUUAGUGGUGAUGAUGGUGAGAAUGAUUCUGUUAAUCAUUCAUAUGUUUUGGAAGCUCUAUCUCGAGCUUUGAGGAAAAUCGAGGAGUCUUAUCUUGAUGUUGCUGAUAAGAUGGUGAUGGAGAAUCCAGAACUUGCUUUGAUGGGUUCAUGUGUUCUUGUAAUGUUGAUGAAAGGGGAAGAUGUUUAUGUGAUGAAUGUGGGAGAUAGUAAAGCUGUGUUGGCACAAAAGGCUGAACCUGAUUAUUGGAUUGGGAAAAUUCAACAGGAUUUGGAGAGGAUUAAUGAAGAGACGAUGCAUGAUCUUGAAUCAUGGGAAGAUGCUGAUAAAUUAAAUGUUAUUCCUAGUUUAAGUACUUUUCAUCUUACCAAAGAUCAUAGAUCCAAUGUUGAAGAGGAUUAUCAAUUCACACAUGGAUGCAAGUUUAGUAGAAAUUUCAAGGAUAGAUAAGGGUUAGGACAACAAAAGGAAGAAGAAGAGAAAAGAAAAAAGUGUUGACAAUUGCUAUAUUUUUUUUACAUAUUAUUAAUAGUUUGCGAGGGUUUUUAACCUCCGAAAAUAAAGUUCCUGUAGUUUAAGGCUAUGUUUGGGAGUUUGGAGGGGAAGGGAGGGGAGGGCUUUGAAAAAUAAGAAGAAUUGGGUGAAAAGGAUAAAAAGAUUUUGGGUAGGAGGGUUUUGGAGGGUUUGAGUUUAUUCAUAAUACCAAAAACCCCAUAAAAUGGGGGAACUCAAAAAUUGUAUUGAAGGAGGGUUUUGGAGGGUUUUGAAGGGCUUACAUAAAUGUUCCAAAUAUCUUUUAGAUUGUUAUAGUAUUCCCAAAAUUAAAAAUAUAUUAAUGAUAAUGACUCUUUUAUCAUUCUAAACAAAAUCAUUUUUUCAAAAAAUGUCAAAUAUUUUCCUAUAUUUUUUUAAAAUUUUGUUUUUGGAAGCCUUCCCCUCCCCUCCUCUCCAAACUCCCAAACAUAGCCUAAAGAAAAUCAAUUUUUUAAUACAUAUGCUGAGUCACAAAUACUAAAUACGCCUUGUUGUCAUGCCAGAUCAUCAAACUUAACGUUUUCACACUCAAAUUAACAGAAUGGACCAACUUCGAUAACGAAAGUUUUGUUAAGGGACUUAAUUGUAACGUUUAUUACAUAAGAGACUAAAACGAAAACUGAAAUUAAGUUAUGAGACUUAAGGACUAAAUAAGCCUAAAAACAAUUGAUUAAUAUUAAUAUUUUUUACUUUAAAAUAUAAAUCACUUAAUUUUAAAUGGAUUAGUAUUACGUGGAAAUAUAUUGGGAAAAAUAGAAUUGACACUUCGUC